ACCUGAACAGGGUAAGUCAGUCUAGGGGAUUUCCAUGAGUACUGCAUCACAUUUUGCUCAGAGAACUCUGCCCAAAUUUCUCACUGCUUUUUCCUCAUUGGAUAGGUCCCCAUGACCAGAAACAGCAAAUGUCCAACAGCAGCUCCAUCACCCAGUUCCUCCUCCUGGCAUUCACAGACACACGGGAGCUGCAGCUCUUGCACUUCUGGCUCUUCCUGGGCAUCUACCUGGCUGCCCUCCUGGGCAACGCCCUCAUCAUCAUCAUCAUAGCCUGUGACCAGCACCUGCACACCCCCAUGUACUUCUUCCUCCUCAACCUCUCUGUCAUUGACCUGGGCUCCAUCUCUACCACUGUCCCUAAAGCCAUGGGCAACUCCCUCUGGCAGUCCAGGGCCAUCUCUUAUGAAGGAUGUGCUGCACAGCUCUUUCUGUUUGUGUUUUGCCUUUCAGCAGAGUUUUUUCUUCUCACAGUCAUGGCCUAUGACCGCUACAUUGCCAUCUGCAAACCCCUGCACUACGGGACCCUCCUGGGCAGCAGAGCUUGUGUCCACAUGGCAGCAGCUGCCUGGGGCACUGGGUUCCUCUAUUCUCUGAUGCACACAGCCAAUACAUUUUCACUGCCACUUUGCCAAGGUAAUACCAUUGAACAGUUCUUCUGUGAAGUUUCCCAGAUCCUUAAGCUCUCCUGCUCAGAUGCCUACCUCAGGGAAUUUAAACUUCUUGUUUUCAGUACUUUUGUCUUUUUAGGAUGUUUUGUGUUCAUUGUACUGUCCUAUGUGCAGAUCUUCAGGGCCGUGCUGAGGAUCCCCUCUGAGCAGGGACGGCACAAAGCCUUUUCCACGUGCCUCCCUCACCUGGCUGUGGUCUCCCUGUUUAUCAGCACUGGCAUGUUUGCUUGCCUGAAGUCCCCUUCCGUCUCUUUGCCAUCCCUGGAUCUAGUGGUGGCAGUUCUGUACUCAUUGGUGCCUCCAACAUUGAACCCCCUCAUCUACAGCAUGAGAAACCAAGAGCUACAGAAUGCAGUGUGGAAACUGAUGACUGUAUAACUUCCAGAAGCUCUAG